AUGAGCACACCUCCAGCAGUAGCUCCUGUUGCAGCCCCAAAGGCCGAGCGUGCAUCCUCGGGAGCCCGUAUGCCGUCGCUCAACCAGCUCGCCGCGCGCAUCAACCUCAAUUCCUCAACCAACCCCGCCUCCGCCGCCUCACGUCCCCGCCUCGCCGCCGCCCUCCUCCGGACGAGUUCCCAGACCUCUCUUUCGACGGUCACAUCCAACACCGACUCUGUAGCGGUACAACCGCCAGGAUCGCGAUCCGUCUCGCCAGCAAAUCUCUCCGCCUCCGCGCCGCACAGCAACUCCACUACUCCACCCAUCCCCGACAAGGGCGAGCAACUCACUACAGAGCGGCUCGAAAGGCUUAACAAGGAGACGGAGAAGAAGGAGAAAGUGCCCAUAGGGUACAAGAAUAUUCCCAGCCUCGACGCUAUCACCGCCCGCCUUGCAAAGGCGAGGACGCUUUCCGUCGAUGGCUCCGCGAAACCUCCAGAGGCAGAGACCAUCGAAGAUCCAAAGACACCUGGUCUACGGAUAAAGGCACCGGAGCACCCGCUUGAGCAUACAUGGAUGCUCUACCACGACUCGAAAGCCAAGACACCUUUCACCCCAGCGACGGCGGGCGCGAUCCCCGAGCCGCCGCAGUCCGCAUUCCAGCCGCCCGAGUCGGAAGAGUACGAGGCAGGGCUGACGGUGAUCGGCGAGUUCGACACGGUCGAGUCGUUCUGCCGGUACUUCAACUGGCUGAAGCCGCCGUCGCGGCUUGAGCGCAAUUCGAAUUACCACCUCUUCAAGUCGGGCAUAAAGCCGAUGUGGGAGGACCCCGCGAACGCAGACGGCGGCAAGUGGGUGCUCACGAUGAAGAACAAUCCACAGCUGCUGGACCGCUGCUGGAGCUGGCUCGCGAUGGCGCUCGUCGGCGAGGACCUCGAUGAGGGUGACGAGAUCUGCGGCGCGGUCGUGAGCCUGCGGAGCAAGGUCGACCGCAUCCAGCUGUGGACGCGCACGAAGGACGACGUCGAGAAGGUCAAUAGCAUCGGGCGCAAGAUGGUUAAGUUGCUUGACGUCUCAGAGGUGGACGGGAUCGGCCUCGAGUUCCAGUAUAACAACGACGACCGUCCAGUUCCGAACAAAUUCCUCUCCAUCAUGGCGCUCCCACAGUCGUCGUAUCGCUCGUCGUUCCAUAUGAAAGGGAAUAGCCCCGUCUCAGCGGAGGGCUCCAGUGGAGGAGCACCUGCCCCGGGAGGCGCGUUUGCUGGGUUCGGCGUUGGCGGAGGGGGCGUGCUUGGCACCUCGGGCUGGAGAGGUAAGACGCGUUGA